AUGGACGCCCUCAAACCCGCCGUCGAAGCCGUCAAGCCGGCCAUUACAGCUAUCACGCACAACAUCCCUGCGCCCCUUCGCGACAUUGGCGUUUCUCUCAUCGGCGAAACUUGCUACAAGUCUCUUCUUCUCGACGUCAACAUCGAGGAUGUCGACUGCAUCAAGCUCGGUGUCUCCAAGGCUCUCGGUAUUGGAAUCAUCGCUGCCUCCGCUGUCGUCAAGGUCCCCCAGAUCAAGAAACUCCUUUCGUCCAAGUCCGCCGAGGGCGUGUCUUUCCUUUCCUACGUCCUCGAGACGGCGUCGUACCUCAUCUCGCUCGCCUACAACAUUCGCAAUGGCUUUCCUUUCAGCACCUUUGGCGAGACUGCCUUGAUCGUUGGACAGAACGUUAUCAUCUCGGUGCUUGUGCUCAACUACAGCGGCCGAGCUAGUCUGGCUGCUGUCUUUGUCGCCGGUCUUGCUGCUGCCGCUGCUACUUUGUUCGCUGAGAACAUUGUUGAUGCGAAGACCUUGGGCCAACUUCAGGCUGGUGCUGGUGUCCUGAGCGUCGCUAGCAAGCUUCCUCAGAUCGCCACCAUCUUCCAGCAGGGUACCACCGGUCAGCUCAGUGCUUUUGCUGUCUUCAACUACCUCGCCGGUUCUCUCUCCCGAAUCUUCACAACCCUCCAGGAGGUCGACGACAAGCUUAUCCUCUGGGGAUUCAUUUCUGGAUUCGCACUCAACGCCAUCCUCGCUCUCCAGAUGAUCUGGUACUGGAACGCUCCAUCUGAGAAGGCCCAGGGCAAGCGCAAGGUUACUCCCAUCGAGGCCAAGCCUGCUACUAGCACUUUGAGCCCUUCUGCCUCUACCACGGCUACUCCCAAGAAGAGCCCUACUACUCGCCGCCGCGGUUAG